CUUUCAUGGCAAAAAUAACAAUUUGUUGUAGAAAGUAAGUAGCAUGAUUCAGCUUUGUUAUUUUAUUCUUCAAAACUUUAGGCUUUGUCUGUGAUUAGUCAAUGGAUACUAUAGUCCAUAUAUGCAUCAUGUGCUUCCAUUUGCAGUAGUUGUUAUUUUAUUUAAACAAUUCAAAUUGGUACUGUUCAUAUAUGUAGGCGUAUAUUUUAAAUUUGGUUGCUCCUGAUCUAAAAGAAUGAACUCAGUUGAUUUGUUAAAUGUUGGCAUGUUCCUCAUGUACUGAAGGUCAUCAUGUGGAUGAAAUUAAAAGCGUCGAAUCAUUGCUGUUUGAUUUUGGCACUAUUAGCCUUGCGACAGAUAACUUUUCUGAAGCAAAUAAGCUCGGACAAGGUGGUUUUGGUGCUGUUUACAAGGGUAGACUCUCCGAUGGACAUGUUAUAGCUGUGAAAAGACUAUCAAGAGAUUUUGGGCAAGGAGAUAUAGAAUUUAAGAAUGAGGUCUUGUUGGUUGCCAAACUUCAACACCGAAAUUUGGUUAGGCUCCUAGGCUUCUGCUUGGAAAGAAAGGAAAGGCUUUUAGCGUAUGAGUUCGUGGAAAAUACAAGCCUUGAUCACGAUCCAACCAAACGUGGACAUUUGGAUUGGGAAAGGCGGUACAAAAUCAUAAGAGGCGUUGCUCGAGGGAUUCUAUAUCUCCAUGAAGAUUCUCGACUUCGUAUUAUUCACCGCGAUCUUAAAGCCAGCAAUAUCCUUCUAGAUGCAGAUAUGAAUCCAAAAAUUUCCGACUUUGGCAUGGCUAGAUUGUUUGUAUUAGAUGAAAUGCAAGGGAACACAAGCAGAAUUGUGGGGACCUAUGGAUAUAUGGCUCCAGAGUACGCAAUGCAUGGACAAUUUUCAAUGAAGUCCGAUGUCUAUAGUUUUGGUGUGUUGGUAUUGGAGAUAUUGAGUGGACAAAAGAACAAUUGCUUCCGAAGUGGGGAGAAUGUGGAGGAUCUCCUAAGCUAUGCAUGGAAAAAUUGGAGGGAGAACACAUCUUUAAAUAUUGUAGAUCCGACAAUGAAGCCUAGCUCAACAAGUGAAGUAAUGAGAUGCAUCCGCAUCGGAUUACUAUUUGUUCAAGAAAAUGUAGUUGACAGACCAACCAUGGCAUCAGUCUUUGUCAUGCUCAAUAGCUACUCCACCACUCUUCCAGUGCCUUCACAACCUGCAUUUUUUAUGCACACUAACGUGGAAUCUGAGAUGUCAUCUGGAUGGCAGCAUAGCGUAGGGAUUACAGAUCAGUCAGAAGAGAGAUCCAAAGGGAGCUCUAUCCAGGCCUCACAAAAUGAGGUUUCAAUUACUGAGCUCUAUCCUCGCUAGUGCUUCAUGCACAUAUUAUGAUGGUCCAUGAUUCCUGUGGUUUGUGGUUAUUUGAGUUCAAACUUCGUAUGUAAAACUUGGGCUAGGUUCAUUUUCUCAGUUUGUUUUGUUUUUUUGUUUUUUGUGAAAUGAAACUCAACAAGGAUUAUGCUUUUA